CAGGUUGUAACUAUGAAUAAAAUGAAGGGUGUGCCUGAAACUCCUGCCACACAAAGGUACCCUGAGGUAGCUCCAAACACCUGGGUAAGGAUGCCCUACAAACUGUGGAGCAGGUAAGCGACCUCACGGUACUCUGUGAAGACGGGUGGAGGCGCAGUCAAGCAGCUGAGAGGCCCAACUCAGAGGUUUUACCAGAUUUCUCCAGCUAGCAAGACUGCCCCUCUGCCCAGAGCCCGGUGCUCAGCGAACCCCAACAUCAUCACAGAGGCCUCGAAUCCGCGGGGCGGGGGCUGGGCACGGGCCACGGAGACCGUUGGUGAUUGGACAAAGAGGGCAGCAGGGGUGGGCCUCUCACAGCCUCUUUUAAAAGACGCGACGGGGCCGCGUGCUUCAGCCUGAGGAGAGCAGUUGAGGCCUGAGCGAGCAAUGGCGGCAGCAGGAGGCAGCCGGCGAGCCCAGAGUCUGAGGCUAGGCCUGCCUCUGACCAACACCCGCCCGCCCGCGGGGUCCGCCCGAGACGGAGGCGAGGAGGACGACCUCAGUGAGAAAACUUCUGGCAGCAGUGAUUGGUUUCAGAGGUCCAGGGUCCCCAGCUUUGCUCAGAUGUUGCAAAAGAAUUUGCCCAUUCAACCAGCAGUUCAGACGGUACCUACAACUACAAGAUGUUCCUCUGAAAGUAGCAGCCUGUCAAAUAUGGCAUUCAGUGUCACUCAAGUGACAGGUAAUUUUCCAGAACCAUUGCUUUCCAAAAGUCUUUCAUCCAUUUCAAAUCCUGUCCUUCCCCCCAAAAAAACACCUAAGGAAUUUAUAAUGAAAUACAAACGUGGAGAGCUAAAUCCUGUAUCGGCCUUGCACCAAUUUGCACAAAUGCAUCGGGUUCAGCUUUACCUUAAGGAAACUGUUACACCAGGUAAUGUGAUAGGACCAUAUUUUGCUUUCUGUGCUGUGGUGGAUGGUAUUCAAUAUAAGACUGGACUGGGACAAAAUAAAAAGGAGUCUAGAUACAAUGCAGCAAAAUUAGCUCUUGAUGAGCUUCUACAAUUGGAUGAACCUGAACCAAGAAUUUUAGAACAAUCAGGUCCUCCUCCUAUCCCUGCAGAACCUGUUGUUUCUCCUGAAUCUGCAUAUGUUUCAAAAGUACAUUAUGAUGGGAGACAUACCCAAUAUUCUAAGAUCUCACAAAUUGUUAAAGAAACAUUUGAUCAGCUAAUUUCUAGUCACUCACAAUAUCUGAAAUGUAGCAAUUCAUUGGCUGCUUUUAUUGUUGAAAGAGCUGGAUAUCAUGAAGUUGUAGCUGUAGGCACAGGUGAAUACAAUUUCAGCCACUGCAUCAAGACAAAUGGAAGAGUGUUACAUGAUACUCAUGGUGUUGUUACAGCAAGAAGGUCUCUCCUUAGGUACUUUUAUAGACAGCUUGUACUCUUCUAUAGCAAAAAUCCUAUCAUGAUGGAAAGAUCAAUAUUUUGUAUAGAACCAGCUUCUGAUCUCCUUGCUCUGAAAGCAGAUAUCAAGAUUUACCUCUAUAUGAACCAGUUGCCUAAAGGAUCAGCCCAGAUAAAGUCACAGUUGUGUCUUAAUCCAAAUUCUCUAUCUGCAUAUGAAGCCAAUGAAGAACUGAGUCUGCAUGUGGCUUUUGAAGGCAAAAUCUAUCUUACUGCUGACUGUCCUGCAGACAUUGUUAAUAGAGUGAACAGUAUGUCUUCAAGUGACAAAUUGACAAAAUGGGAAGUUCUUGGUGUACAGGGAGCAUUGCUGAGUCACUUUAUACAGCCAGUUUAUAUCAGCAAUAUAUUUGUUGGUGAUGGGAAUUGCAGUGAUACUAGAGGCUUAGAGAUUGCGAUAAAGCAACGUGUUGAUGAUGCACUCACGUCAAGACUUCCAAUGUUUUACUUAGUCAACAGGCCUCAUAUUACCUUGGUGCCCUCUGCAUACCCAUUUCAAAUGAAUUUGGAAUAUAAAUCUCUGAGUAUGAACUGGGCACAAUGGGACCAUUAUUUGGAGAUUGUGGAUGGCCUAAAUGGGGAAAUCACUGAAAGUUCCCCAUUUAAAAGUGGUGUGUCAAUGGCAAGUCGGCUCUGUAAGGCUUCAAUGUUAAGUAGAUUUAAUCUGAUUGCCAAGGAGGCAAAAAGAGACGAUUUAUUUAAAGCGAGUACAUAUCAUGCAGCUAAGUGUAUGUCUGCCUCCUAUCAAGAAGCUAAAACAUUAUUGAAAUCCUACUUAAAGCAACAUGGCUAUGGCUCCUGGAUUGUGAAAUCUCCCGAUAUAGAACAGUUUAAUAUGUGAAUUAGACAAUUUCUU